UACAAAUAGCGUGUGGCUAACGCCAAGUGACCAAUUCCAAUUGUGUUUUUCUCAAUCCAAACAAACAGUUUCUAGUUUCUGGGCUAUAGUACUAGGGUUUCUUCUUCUCUUCUCUUCCUCCGCUAACACAUACAGUAGUACUUUUCUGCAACUUAAUCUAUUCUCACCAGAUCAAUCCAAACAGUUUUGUUCAUGAGAAUUAGCUCUCUCUAACCUAACUUGUUUCUUCUAUAUUUUAGGAUGCGUUUGCUUCUAUAUUGUUGAUCAUGAACCGUCACGACCAAUUUCAGAAACCUCAAUCUCUCUCUAAAGGAACUACAGAUCAUAGUCAGCAUCAGAACAAGGAAGAUGUGGUUUCUAUAAAAGAUUGUAUCUCACCGGACUUGACAUCAUUUGCGACCUCCUCUGGAGAUGUUGCUGCUGGUUUCACAGGUGUGCAUGAAUCAGAAGCCCUGUCUUGUUAUUCAUCAGUCUCAACUUCUGUUGGCGUGCAAAGCAAAACUGUCAAGGGUUCUGUAAUUGCCAAAAAUAAUCCUAAAUCUUCUGGUUUAAUGAAGCCAAACAAGUUAAAGUCUACACAUAGAAAUGGGAUUUUAACCAGCACGAUAUCUGAGACUGUGGCUGAUACAGGAAAAGAUAUCAAAAUUCUAAACAAGGCUCCUCAUUUGCGUUCUAAUUUUCCAGCAGCCACUGCUCCAAAUACAUAUCACCAAAUAGGAAAAUUUUCAUCAUUAGCCAACCCAACAUGCCAUGUUUCCCCCCCCACAAACCACAGGCCAAAUACCUCUACUAACUACAGACCAACUGGGAGAGUGUCUAAUGUAAAUGAUCGAGUUUUGUUGGGUGACAACAAAUUCAGGAGUGGACAAUCUGAAAUGUCAAUGGAGAUGACUCGGGGUCCUCGGGGUCAUUACAACAAUUUUCUUCUACAACCAUCACUUGUUAAGGAUGCACUUGCAAUCACAAUAUGUAGAGACGAAUAUAACCUUUCAGAUUUCCAAACUGAAUACGAAAUUGCUAAAUUUUAUGUGAUUAAAUCUUUCAAUGAAGAUGACGUUCAUAAGAGUGUUAAAUAUAAUGUUUGGACAAGUACUCCAAAUGGAAAUAAGAAGUUGAACGCCGCAUUCCUUGAUGCAGAAGCUAAAUUGAGACAGACAGGGACUAAGUGUCCAGUUUUCCUCUUCUUCUCGGUUAAUGCUAGCAGACAGUUUGUUGGAGUGGCUGAGAUGCUUGGACCGGUGGACUUUAAAAACGACAUGAACUUUUGGAAACUUGAUAAGUACAACGGUUUCUUCCCAAUUAAGUGGCACAUAAUAAAAGAUGUUCCCAACAAUCAGUUUGUGCAUAUCAUCCUUCCAAGCAAUGAGAACAAGCCUGUAACUUACACUAGGGACACACAAGAGAUUGGAUUGAAGGAGGGCCUGGAGAUGCUGAAUAUUUUUAGAAGUUAUACAGCUAAGACAUCUCUAUUGGAUGAUUUUGACUUCUAUGAGAGGCGAGAAAAGUUAUUUCGUUCCCAGAGGAGUACUAAGCACAAGCAUGCAAGGCCGGAACAGGAAGUAUAUGGCAAUGACAAUUAUCAAGUAAGAACACUGUCAAAGCCAGAGAGAAGAAAAUGGAGAUGCAAUCGAGUGGUACCAAGCAAGGUACUCUCAUCAAACAUACCAAAAACCUUUCUCUCAACAACUCUGGAUUUAGAUAGCAAGAUUGGGAGAGGAGAAAAAGAGAGCCCGAUAUUUAUUUCUACACGUAUGUAGGCAUUUAAGAGUUGCAGACGCAAUUGCAGUUUGGUUUGUUUAGAGCUUCUGAAGCACACGCACGCUUCCUUUUUGAUUUGUGUGAUAUGCCGAUAAGAUGACCACGACAACACAUUUUAAGUUUGACCAAUUAUUUUUAUAUUACUCAAUGAGUUGAUGUUUGCCAUUGGCAAAUGAGGAGGUAUUUGAUAGUAUGGUUCGAUGUCUCCAAUAUUUCCGUAUAACUCAUUGGCUUUGGUCUGUAUUUACUAUUUUGUUUCACGUGGAUGAGCGCCCAGUUCCAUAGUUGUGUUUUGUUUGGUUGAUUUCCUUUUGUUGAUUAUUCGAUUGCAUUAUUUUCUUA